GAAUUAGGGUUUUCUCCAGGAUGAAGGCAGCCGACAGAGGGUGCUCGCGGACGCUGCUCCUCCCAAAACGUCACCGGGAGUCGGUAGGGGCUCCCAGCACUGCUUGUUUAACUACAACCGACUCGACCUGAAGGUUUCAGCGGUGUUGGCUUGAUGGGAUCCAGGCGGGUGACAAAGUGAUGGUCUAAGGACUCGCAGUCACAGAGGUGCUUGCGCGUGGAAUGUUGCGCUGGUCGGUGCACCUAGAAGGAGGGCCGCGGAGAGUCAACCAUGCUGCUGUGGCGGUGGGGCACAAGGUGUUCUCCUUUGGAGGCUACUGCUCCGGGGAGGACUACGAGACACUCCGUCAGAUUGAUGUGCAUGUCUUCAACACAGUGUCUUUGCGCUGGAUGAAGUUGCCUCCAGUGAGGACGGGAGGACAUGAACGUGCCCGUGAAGUGCCAUAUAUGCGUUAUGGCCACACAGCUGUGCUGCUGGAUGAUACUAUCUACCUCUGGGGUGGGCGUAACGACACAGAGGGGGCCUGCAAUGUGCUUUAUGCCUUUGAUGUCAACACCCACAGAUGGUUCACACCCAAGGUUUCUGGGACUGUUCCAGGGGCAAGGGAUGGCCACUCGUCCUGCAAUCUGAGGAAGGCAAUGUAUAUAUUUGGCGGAUAUGAGCAGCUGGCGGACUGCUUCUCCAAUGACAUCCACAAGCUGGACACCACCUCCAUGGUUUGGUCAUUAAUUAAUGCCAGAGGCACUCCGGCACGCUGGCGGGACUUCCACUCAGCCACCAUCAUCGGGACAAAGAUGUUUGUGUUUGGAGGGCGAGCAGACCGCUUUGGUCCCUUCCACUCCAACAACGAGAUCUACUGCAACAAGAUCAAAGUGUUCGACACCGAGACCAACUGCUGGCUGAGCACCCCUUCAACUCAGCCGUUGCCAGAGGGACGCAGGAGUCAUUCAGCCUUUUCCUACAAUGGGGAGCUGUAUAUUUUUGGCGGAUACAAUGCCCGUCUGGACCGGCACUUCAACGACCUCUGGAAAUUCAAUCCAGAAGCCGUUUCCUGGAAUAAGGUAGAACCGAAGGGGAAAGGCCCAUGUCCGCGGAGACGCCAGUGCUGUUGUAUGGUUGGAGAUCGAAUCAUCCUCUUUGGAGGAACCAGCCCCUGUCCAGAGCAAGGAAUGGGUGAUGAAUUUAACCUCAUGGAUCAUUCAGACCUGUAUAUCUUAGACUUCAGCCCUAAUUUGAAGACGUUAUGCAAACUAGCUGUUAUUCAGUACAGUCUGGAGCAUACAGGACUCCCUCAUGAUAUCAGGUGGGAACUGGCCGCCAUGACAACCAACAGCAACAUCAGCAGGCCCAUCUUCUCCUCCCAUGGCUGAAUGUGAAGCCGCACCAGGACUCCUCGCUGUUUCCGAACACUGAGCUUUUAUCUUUCUAAUCAGCUGACCUCCGACAGACUGUUUUUUUUGUACAACAUUCUUCAAGUGAAAACUCAUUACUGACCAAAAUACCCUGCGUAUGACUUCCUUGGACACCAUGAGCGCUCUCAUGUCUAAGGAUAUUUCGAACCCUUGAGACACUGGUUACGUGUGAUAGAAACUCUUGACACCUGUUCACAUUUUUGUCUUCUUUCUAGCUUCUCUAGAAAUCCAAUCAGCCUAUGAUAAUCAUAGACUUCUAAUCCUAAACACAGGAAGAGACCAGAACUUCAGCCGAAGGUCUCGGGAGCUAACCUCUUUGUUGAGGAUGUCGUCCUCACUCAACAGAUCUCCCCUGAGGGACACAUGUGAACCUUCUGUUUCCAGAUAUAAAGAGACUGAAAUGGUCGUGAGUUUGUAUAUGUUUCAGCUCGAUCAUAAAACCAUGUAAAACUACUGCGUCCACUUGCAGGAAAUGAAGUUACGUACACGAUAUAUAUUGAGUGGACAAGGCUAACGUAUUACUUUGGUGUUAAAUGCAAGGAGAGAGUGUUGGGUAUGUAGUGUUAUGCUUGUGAAAGGUUCUGUGUGACUGACUUUCAAUGCUUACCUUUUACCCGACUUCAUCAUAACUCGGUAAGCACCUUUCUGCUCUAAAGUGUCUCAAAGGUGAUUUGCGGGGCGACAGAAACAAUCAAGUCCAUCUACCUCCCUCAAUAGCAUGUAUCAUCGAGUCUUUAAGACUUCCCCUACAUUAGGCAUCUACUUUCCCCCUGACAAAAAAAAGAAAGCCUUUUCACAGGGAAGUUUGUAUAUGUGGCCGUCUGUUGUAUUCUUCCAAGAAAUGUCACGUCACUGGAAGAGUGCGGCUCACCCGCCGCGCCUCCCUUCCCCUCCCCCUGCAGUUUGUUUUUCAGUGCCAAAUGUAGAAGGGAAUCAUGAUGCAAAUAUAUACUGUGUAUGUGUGUGAGCACGUGGUCCCAUCUACACACAGUCCCAGCCCACCUGCUUCAGUUCCUGUUGUGAGGGAGAAGAUCACCAAUAUGCAUAAUGCAGUUGUUCCUCUUCUAGACAAUCCUACAAGCGACCUGCUCGUGUCCUGCUUUUUCACAGUACAAUGAAAAACCAGGCAAAGUGUGUCUGUGUACGAAUACGAGCAAAGCUAAACCAGAUGUUAUGAACAAUAAGGGCUUACACACACACCACACAGCUGGAAAAUGGGGGAUGUUUAUUCAGGUUGUGUGUUUUUAUUCUAAAUGACACAUUUUAGAACAAAACUUUCAAAACACAGGAAUGUUGGUGGGAGUCUUUUUUUAAAGCUUUUAUCUCCUUCCACUAAAGGAUACGGCCGGUGAUGUUCUGUAGUCUUCAGGUAGGCAACAAAUCCCCUAAAAAGACCAAAACCUGCAAAGUGUUAAUCCGUCUCUCAACACUUUCCUACCUUGUCUGUGGCUCAUUUGUUCCUACUGAACAGUACUAACGUUGGUUCAUAUCCUAAAACAGCUGCGCACUGUAGUUUAUAACCGCUGUACUCUAACAGGAGUAAAUGCACGAUUUUUUGUGGACCUUUUUCAAACAAAGCACUUAUGGCAGCAGGACGGCUAAAUAAACUGUUCAUUGUUAUGAAGAAACAUGUCUAGCGUGUAAGAACUAUCAGACUUUGGAUACACAGACAAUACUUUUACACAACAAUUAUAAUUGUUGUUUUUUGUCUUUUUUUUGGAAUUUGUUGACAAAAAGCAAAAUACAGAUUAUCACCAGAUUCAUCCUUUGGAUCUUCUAAAUGAGAAUAGCAAGUAAACACGGCAUGACAUUGAGAUGAAUGACUUAGUGAGGAUGAAUAUACAGGCAAAAGAGUUUUAUUUAUACUGCCUAUUUAUUUUGAUGUGAAGAGGAACUGUGUUGCCACACACCAUGUUGUUUCUGCCUGGCCAGAGAGCUGAAUUGAAUCUGUAUCACUUGGUCUCUGAUUAGCUGCUGAGAAUGAAACCCUGCAGCGCUCGGGGUCCUAAACAUCAGGAUUGGAUAACACUGACCUCCAUGGUAAAUGUUUACAAAUCUGUGUAUUUCAUGUAAAGCAGUGUAAACAACCUUAAACGCAGGUCGAAGUCACCAGAUAACUGCACUAAAGCCAAACGUGGCGUGUCGGGCCUUACGGAGGGGAGACAUGUCAAUGCUGCUUUUCGCCUACGUAGAGUUUGAGACGUUUGCCUGCCCAAACACGUCUGAAUAUUAUUUAAAGACCGGUGGUGCCAAUGUGACUCAGUCUUAUGCGCUGUACACUGCACAUGGACAUAUCACACACUCGGUGCUCCUCAGUACCACAGUUACUGACACUAUACAACAGCUGAUGCAGUGAAAACACAGGGAAGCUAAUGGUGUGUUCACAAAACAAAACUACUGGUACAAAAAAAAAAUCUAACUGUUUAUGUGACACCAAAUGGCAAACUGAUAUUUCUUCUUUUUUGUUUUGUGAUGUGUGGUGUGGAAGUCAUUUUUAUUUCAGGAUGUUGGUCCUUGUUGCGUGAAGAUUAUGGGUGAUGGUAUUUUCAGUCAAGAACUCUUCAGGAAUUUGACACGAAGUAAAUAUCAAGUAAAUGACAAUGUAGACACUCUGGUCAAAAAAUAAAAUACCUGCACAACAAAUCUCCUCAUUCACUCGCUCACCUCCAGUCAGGCGACACUAAUGAUCAGUGUUAGUGAUCUUUGCCGAGAUGUAAUGGCAUCACGCUUGUUUAAUGGCAGGGGUGUAAAAGCGCUGUUAUUUCUCAUUUAACUUGGUGAGGAUGCCUUUUGGAAAUAGUUGAUCAAACUUGGCGGGGUGGCUAUUGCUUUAAUAAAACAGCGUUUGCCAUCUUAGAAAAAAUUCCGUUUGUCAUUACAUUAUGGCGCACAUUUUAAAAGGGUGUUCAGUGUGCGCGGUAAUUAUUUGCCAAGCAGAAGUACCUGACAGAACUGGUCUCAUGCCAAGGAGUGUAUUCUUUCUUUAGGACUUAACGUAUAAGAGUGAAUAACUUCUAAACAAACAGAAUGCAUGGGGGGGGGGGACAACAAAGUAUGGAGUGUAGUUGGAUUAACUUUACAACUGUGCAGGCUCCCCAUGCUUAUUGUUUAUAUUUGAGUUCUGAUUUUCAGAGGGGACUGUCGAGGUUGGUCAGGACUUCCUGUGCAAUAUACUUUAUUACUGUAUCAAUAAUAAAUCUGAGACAAUUUGA